AUGGGAGCCAAGUGGUUGUUUCAGCUUCGAUCGGCGCCUGGGCAGCAGACCAGUACCCUUCACUUGUUCGAUCGAUUCGAGACUCUUGGAGCAAAGAAGCUCAACAAGUGGAAAACUCAGACUACGCUCUACAGGCGGCCAACGCCGGGGGGGGACAAGGUUGCUGGCGAUGUGUUCUUGGUAAACUUCCUGUCGGACACCCCAGACAAAGUGUAUAUGAUAAUCAGGCAAGGAGAGGAGGACAAGGUGAUGGAGGCGGGGAGCAGCUUCAUGCAGAUCUGGUCCAUGAUCAACGCGACAUCUACAGGAGGCGGGCCAGCGCUGUAUGAGCAGAAAUCAAGCAUGACGGUGGAGGGAUGGGCGUAUGACAUGGGGGACUUCGUGAUGAGAGUGGGGUCAGUAGUCAUCCGCAGUCAAGCUCAGAACAGACCUGAAGAGCGAGCGGGUCGAUCCGACGCCUUCAAGGGUGCCGUCCUUGAAGUCGAGUAUGUUCCCAGCGCUGACCGAGGAGACUGCAGUCAGCUGAUCAACGAGUUUGUCUAUUGUCAACCUGAUGGGCCGACUGCUGUUGCGGUCACGGGGUUCCGACCAGUCACCAACGUCAUCGCAACGAAGGGCAUAGGUGGAAUGGCGUCUUUGCACUGGCAGACAAGGACGAAGGAGUACACGAACGAGCAUAGAGCCCAGCAGUACGUGCAGCUGUAUCAUGCAGUCAAUCGCUCAAGCGGCGAUGGUGGCACCGGCUCCUCAACGGCUCAAGCAGCGACAACCAGCUCGGCGACUGCCUCCACCACCACCACAAGCGCUACACCAGCCACUUCCUCUCUGCCGGGUACCUCAGCCUCCAACGCACCCACGCCUGCUGUCAUCGGGCACUUUCCGGUGAAGAAGUGA